AUGGAGCAAAAGCCACAAGAUGGAGAGCCAGCUGAGGUGAAGCACAUCCAUGAAGCCUACCAGAAGGCCUUCUUGUUUGUUAAUAAAGGGCUGAGUGCAGAUGAGUUGGGUCAGAAGGAAGAAGCCAAGAACCAUUACCGGCAGGGCAUUGGGCACCUGCUCCGUGGUAUAAGCCUGUCCUCAGGGGAUCCCGAGGACACAGGGUCCGAGUGGGAGUCUGCCCGGCAGAUGCAGCAGAAGAUGAGAGAGACAUUGCAGAAUGUGCGUGCCCGUCUGGAGAUCCUAGACAAGGGGCUCGCCACCUCUCUGCUCAAUGACCUGCCCGAGGUGCCCAGGCUGUACCCAGAGUUCCCACCUAAGGAAACCCCAGAGAAGCUGCCAGCGGCUCAGCCCACCGAAGCGCACGGAAGUGCUGUGGCUGCAGGUGCAUCCGCAGUACCCUCAGAUACCCAUAGCCGGCCAACUGAGGCACCACCCGCGUACACACCCCAAGCCGCAGAAGGCCACCACACCGUCUCCUACGGCUCAGAGUCUGGGGAGUAUACCUCCAUGGGAGAAAACUUCUACAGAGAUCACUCACAGCCGCCUCCCUUGGACACCCUGGGGCUGGAUGCAGACGAGCUGAUCUUAAUUCCAACUGGGGUGCAGAUCUUCUUCGUCAACCCUGCCGGGGAGGUGAGUGCACCCUCCUACCCCGGGUACCUGCGCAUCGUGAGGUUCUUGGAUAACUCACUGGACACCAUGCUGAACCGCCCCCCCGGGUUCCUCCAGGUCUGUGACUGGCUGUAUCCCCUGGUUCCUGAUCGUUCACCAGUUCUGAAAUGUACGGUGGGAGCCUACAUGUUCCCAGAUACCAUGUUACAGGCAUCAGGAUGCUUUGUGGGGGUCGUCUUGUCCUCUGAAUUACCUGAAGAGGAAAGAGAACUCUUUGAGGACCUCCUAAGACAAAUGUCUGACCUUCGACUCCAGGCCAACUGGAGCAGAGCAGAGGAGGAGGAAGAAGAGUUCCAAGUCCCUGGAAGAGCAGGACGCUCCUCUGGCACGGAUGUGAGACCGCGGGGUCCUCCACGGGACUCCGGUGCUAAGGACAUACGCCAUAAAGGAAAACGUGGGAAGCAGGCUAAAGGUACUUCCAAUGAGGAAAUUAAUCUGGGUCACAUCGUACCUUGUGAGCCAGUUUCAGACGAGAAACCAAAGGAGUUACCAGAGUGGAGUGAGAAAGUGGCUCAGAACAUCUUGUCAGGUGCUUCCUGGGUGAGCUGGGGUUUAGUCAAAGGUGCUGAAUUUACUGGCAAAGCAAUCCAGAAGGGCGCCUCGAAACUCCGAGAGCGGAUUCAACCAGAAGAAAAGCCUGUGGAAGUCAGCCCAGCUGUGACCAAGAGCCUUCACAUGGCCAAGCAGGCCACAGGAGGAGCAGCGAAAGUCAGUCAGUUCUUGGUGGAUGGAGUUUGCACCGUAGCCAGCUGCGUAGGGAAAGAACUCGCUCCGCAUGUCAAAAAGCAUGGCAGCAAACUGGUCCCUGAAUCUUUGAAGAGAGACAGAGAUGGGAAGUCGACCCUGGAUGGCGCCCUGGUCGUGGCUGCAAGCAGCGUGCAAGGGUUCUCCACCGUCUGGCAGGGAUUGGAAUGUGCAGCUAAGUGCAUCGUGAGCAAUGUUUCAGCAGAAACCGUGCAGACGGUCAGAUACAAGUUUGGGCACAAUGCAGGGGAAGCGACACAUGACGCUGUGGACUCAGCUGUCAACGUUGGCGUGACCGCCUUUAACGUCAACAACAUCGGCAUUAAAGCUAUGGUGAAGAAAACGGCCAAGCAGACAGGACACACCAUCCUAGAGGAGUACAAGAUCCUUGACCCUUCUCCGGGAAUGGCUGUGGAGGGAGGAGCCGGUGUGGGUGAGGCUGGCCAGGAGGGGGAGCCGCUGGAGGGGGAGCCACAGGGGAAGGAGCUGGAGACGAAGGCAAAGAAGAAUGAAAAGUGA